AUGAAUCUGACUGGUAGGGAUGGCUUUGAGGAGGCCUUAGUGAAAAACAUUGUCAUCGUGGCCAUGGGUAUUGCAAUCAAUUGGAUCAAUGGGAUCAUAGUUUUGACUUUCUUCAGGAACUCUGUUUUCCGAUGUGAAACCAGAUACAUCCUGUAUAUGAACCUGGUGGUAAAUGACAUGACCAUGAUAUUUUUCUCGGUGGCACUUUACGUGUUGACUUACGCCGUCUCGUCUGUCAACCUGGCCGGGUGUUGCGCCCUGGUUGUCAUCGGCACGACCACGCACAUGAACACCCCCAUCAUCCUGACUGGCAUGGCCAUCGAGCGCUAUAUCGCCAUCUGCAAGCCUCUCCACCACGCUCAGAUCUGCACCGUGCGCAGGACCUACGCCCUCAUCGGCCUCACCUGGGGCGCCGGGCUCGGACCCGCUCUAAUCGACGUCUUCAUUUCCUUAUCCGUCCAGCCAGACACCUUCCUCUACUCCUCGGUGGCGCUGUGUCACCCGCUCAUCAUUUACAACACCCGCAUGCACGCGGACAAGGUGCAGGUGUUGCAGGGCUUGUACAUGUCGUUAGUGUGGCUGACGCUGCUCUACACCUACCUGCGGGUGUUCCUCGCGGCUCGGGCGGCCACGGCGGACGCGGCCUCGGCCAAGAAGGCCCAGAGUACCAUCCUGCUGCACGGAGCCCAGCUGAUCCUCUGCAUGCUGUCCUACACCACGCCGUACAUCAACAAGGCCUUCAUACCGCUGUUUCCGGCUCAGCGCACCAUCAUCAUGUUCCUGGGCUACUUGAUCACCUCCAUCAUACCCAGGCUGCUCAGUCCUCUCAUAUACAGUAUUAGGGACAGGAAGUUUGCCAAGUGCAUGUCGCAGUACUACACUUUUGAAGUUCUCAUAAUUGCUACAAUGCCCUUGUCGUCACUGGGAACUAAAAUAAUUUUAAAAACCUGCAGGAGGACACACAACUUGCACAUGAUCCCUCAACUAGACGCAUGUAAAAUUCCGAUGAACCCUUAUCUUAUUCUCGGAGCCAACAGUAGUAACCGAAGCGCGCUCCCGACGACGUGCCAAUCGGAAGCACAUGAGUUGCCGUGCAAGAAAGUGACAAGCAAGCUGCACUGGAGCGAAUAG